UCUGUGUUCUGUGUGUAUAACUGAAGGUUGCACUAGUUUGGUCUUGAAUUUUGAGUGCGUAGUCUUUUUUUCAUAAAACCCGAAGCUCGUCUACAGGAUCAAAGCAGGAGACAUUGCCCAUAAAACUAUCGGACUGAUUCGGAGAGUGCCUCUGUUCCGCUAAAUUAAGAUUAAAAGGUCAACCUUCUGUGUACGCACAGAACAUGGAUGACAUCAUCCGCACAGUCUUUACGGCUGUGCUAUGGACCCUUGCCUCGUCCCAUGAAGACCACAAAAACAUCACAAUUAAAUCUGGACAGAACAUCACUCUGCCAUGUCGAGCUUCAAACACGUCCUUCAUAGCUAUAGAGUGGAGCAGAUUUGACUUAAAGCCAGAAUAUGUACUUUUAAACCGCGACGGGCACUUUGACCCACACAGUCAGCAUGUAUCUUUUAUGAAUAGAGUUGACCUGCAGGAGAGAAAAAUGAAGGAUGGAGACGUGUCUUUGAUUCUGAAGGACAUGACGACUGAUGACACUGGAACAUACGAGUGUCUUGUCUUCAUGGAAGAAACACACUCAUGGAAGUCCAUCAGCAUCAUCUACCUUCGUGUUGUUGAUCCUCCAGGUCGGCCAGUAGAGAAUCGACCUGUGGGACUGAUCAUUGGAGUCAUCAUUGGAGUGUCAGCUGUGGUGAUUUUUGUGGCCUUUGUCAUGUAUAAAAAUCCUGAAAAAAGACAAAACACAUUUCUUGUUCCAUCUUGUCACGAACGGAUACGACAUUGUUUCUGUAGACGAGCAGAGGCUCAUGUAACAUCGGCAGUAAUAUAAUUUCCCUUCCUCUUCCCCUUUCAUC